GGCAUCCUUUCAGUCGGCCGCUGAACCCGCGCGCCGUGCGGUUGCUCGUGUGUGUAUCGCGCUUCAGUUCGAUUCGUCGCGUAUCGUUCCUUUUGUAUUUUCCAUCGCAGGACCACGCGUGUGAGGUUUUUCUAUUCGCCGGUUAUCCGUCCGUAUCCGCGAAGGUGACCAGACCGACGGAAAACGACGAAGCUGUGUUCUAGAAGGACCUCUUGACACGCCAGGACCACGCAUACUCUUUCGGAUUUUUUGGAGUACGUCUCGAGAUUGUUUUCGUGCGCGGGCGUAACGCCGACGUGAAGUUCUUCUGCAUGAUUUCGUACGAACCGUCGACGUACGGUACGAAAGGCAUCGAGAGCGAGGAUGUAGCGAGCAGGGACAGCCUGUCACGAGAAUCGUAUCGAGAGGAUGUGCACGAGAGCACGAUCGACGCUGACAAAGAAGUUCACGCCUCGAAGCGAGUCUGUUAUCGAACGGAUCAUCGAUUAAGAUCACUGCCAGAGUAAUGACGAGAUAGUGAACAAAAUUAUUCCGUCCGUGAGCCGUCCUUCGAUAGUCGUUUCACACCGAUCGAAAAAAGAAAAAAGGAAGAAGAAAAAGAAAAAUACUCUUUGUCUGCUUUUCGAGAUCAAAGACUGAAUAUAUCAAAGAGAGGAAAGAUGUUGGGAGUGAGUCAGCCGGGAAAUCCACCCUCGAGCUUGCGACACUCGGCGAGUUUCUCUUGUCUGCAGCGUGGCACAGCCAGCGAGGGGCACAGAGCGAGGACUUCGACCCUGUUGCAGCAGCCGAACCUGCAGUUGAGCGGAAGUCAUCAUCAAUACUCGUCCGGUCAGACAUCUUUGCUGCAACAUUCGACCGGCACCGUUCAGCAUCGCAUCGAGGCGUUGGAGUCGAUUCAAGACAGCAACGAUUAUGGUUUCGUCAAGAUCAGACCCCGUCUGCGCAGCACGAACGCCACAUUAUACUACGAAGAAGAAGUCGCUGCUCAGAAGAACGCUUUGUGGGACCGGGAUGCGUCAGCGUUCAGCGAUCGCGAGUGCGACACCAAUUACAGAGAAUGUUCGUUGAAAAUGAAGGACCGUGAUCAUUCGCCAAAAGUUGGCUCUUCGAAGAAUCAGAAUCCUUUGAGAGGCGCUUUGAUAUUAUUCACCUCGACGUCUUCAUGGUGGAAAGCCAGGCAACGGGAGGAUCAAUUGAACGGUUCCACCGGUGAUCGUACACUAGGCUCUACCACUUCUGGCGUUGGCUCCUCUUCGGAGCGAAAGUGGUCGAGCACUUCCAUGGCAUCUCCUUCGAACGAAAGAAAGUGGCCGUCGGUGACGUCGCCCACGAACGACCGGAAGUGGUCCGUGGGCAACGGGGCUCUGACGUCGCCGGGCAACGAAAGGAAGUGGACCAGAUCGUCCGUCUGUUCGAACUCUACGGGACAGCAAGACAGGAAGUGGCGAUCACUCGGUGCCCUGCUAAGGGCUCCCACGGGCAACGGUUCGCACGCUGUUCAACACUCGCUGUCCCAUAACAUGAGCGUGUCCAUGAUCGAGGGCGAGCAUUUCCGGGAUGAUCCUCGUGGCUCGAGUUGCAAGUCGACCCGGUACCAGCAGCCCACCUCCUAUUCCGCCCGUGUGUCCCGAGUCAGCCGGGACAUAUAUAGAGAAAACGGGGAAUUCGGUCAGACUUCUGGAAGAUCGAAGGUCAGCCGUAGGUUGUACCAAGACAACAACAACGCUGAGUCAAUCGAAAGGGACAUCGACGAUAGACAUCCGAAUAGACACCAGUUCGACGACGAGUGUCGUGGUAGAACGAAUCGAGAAAGCAUAUGCAAAACUGAACAGACGGGCAACGAGACGCGAGCCACUUCAACGAGAUCAAGCAGAGCUCAAAGCUUUUAUCUUUUGGAUGAUUUCCUGCGACCGCAACCGCAGCCGAAUAAAUGUAUGCUCAACGUAUACUUGUCACCGUCUCACUCGAAGUCUGGCAAUAACAACGAUCAUGGAAGAUCAACGGAAGUGAAACAGAUCUCGCAGGGGAACGUCACUAACAUAACACCGCCUCGACGUCAUAACUCGAGCUCGGAUAGCCUCGAAGUAGCGACCAGUCCUCUUCCGCCGCCAGUGCCGCCUCCGCCACCGCAGGUCACCACCCGGGACAGAGAAAGGGGUGAGAAUUUCAAAGAGAAGGACGUGUGCCAGUGCAAAAUGUGCUGCACCAUUAUGCACCAGAGAUCUUUCGUUGAAGAGGUGAGUAGGCGAUCCAAAGAGCGUGCAUCUCUCUACCAAGAGACCGGGAGGAGUCCUGGAACGUUGCAUAAAGAUGUCGGUGGUGCUGGUACCAAGGUCAGCGGAAAAACGGUCGGCGGUAUUGGUACCGCAACCCUCACCACGCUCUCAUCCAUUAAUAAUACAUCCAACACUAGCAGGAACAAGAACAAUCCCGUAUCUCAAGAGAAAUUACUGUCAUUCUUUCACCCCAAACCGACGCGAGUGGAGAAAUCGGACAACAAUAAUACGAACAAUUCUUCAGCCAACAAUAUCCAUAACAACAUGCCAAUACACGAGUCCAUUAAUGCCACAUCUCAUGACGUGUAUCCUGGGAGAUUGCCAAUGACAUCUCAGGAGGCCCUCAAAUAUUACGGUUCGAGGCUCACAGAAUUCGAACGUGCCGAAAUCGAGAAGUACUCGGAGAUUUGGUAUCUUGGUUUAUCAGCUCAUAAAAUUCACGGCGAGGAAGGGUCAUCGCAAAACGGUGGAUACGACGACGAAAACGGUAGUUACAACAAGGUCCUCCACGAUCACAUCUCGUACAGAUACGAGAUAUUGGAGGUGAUUGGAAAGGGAAGCUUUGGACAAGUAAUUAGAGCGUGGGAUCACAAGACGGGUCAUUACAUUGCCAUUAAGAUCAUCAGGAACAAAAAGAGAUUCCAUCAUCAGGCUCUCGUCGAAGUGGAAAUCUUGGAACAUCUCAGGAAGAAAGACUUGGACGCGAACGCGUCGCACAAUGUGAUACACAUGCUAGAAUAUUUCUACUUCAGAAACCACUUGUGCAUCACUUUUGAGUUAAUGAGUUUGAAUUUGUACGAGCUAAUCAAAAAGAAUAACUAUAAGGGAUUUAGCCUCAGCCUAAUAAGAAGAUUCGCCAACUCGCUAAUUAGCUGCCUGAGACUGCUUUAUCGAGAGAAGAUAAUCCAUUGCGAUUUAAAACCUGAGAACGUGCUUCUGAAGCAACGGGGUAGCAGCUCGAUUAAGGUCAUAGACUUCGGAUCCUCGUGUUACAGCCACCAACGUGUAUAUACUUACCUUCAAUCCAGGUUUUACCGAAGUCCAGAAGUGAUUCUGGGCCUUCCAUACGGCACACCGAUCGACAUGUGGAGUUUGGGAUGUAUCCUAGCCGAACUUUACACCGGUUGCCCAUUGUUCCCGGGCGAGGAUGAGAUCGAACAACUCGCCUGUAUCAUGGAGGUUCUUGGUCUUCCACCAGAACACAUUAUUAAUCACGCCUCUCGUCGCAGGCUUUUCUUCGAUCCGAAGGGAAAUCCUCGAUGUACGUCAAACAGUAAAGGCAAGAAGAGGUGGGUAGGUAGCAAAAACCUCGCGAUGGCUCUUCGUUGCACCGACACCCUUUUCGUGGACUUUGUCAGCAGAUGCCUCGAGUGGGAUCCAAAGAAGCGUAUGACCCCCGACGAGGCGAUGCGUCACGAGUGGUUGAACUCGUCUUCCUCUCACGUGAGUAGUUCCUCGUCCUCGACGUUGGCUACCUCGACGGUGAAUACGAACGCGAACACUAACGCGAACACGAACGCUAACACAACGAGCCUGGAGACAACGUCGCAAUCGGCACACGCUCAGACGAUCAGCGUGACCGUUAGCGCGCCCCGACAACGAGCGACCACGGUAGAGGAUCCUCCUUACACGAUGUACCGUCUGUACAAAGGACGGAAAUACGUGCAGAGGAUCAGCACAACCGAGAACACCGACAAUAGCGGGCUCGUGGUGAAGAGCAAGCUGAACGGGAGCGCGAGUAGCCACGCAUUAGCGAGCAGCACCCAGACGACUACCUCCUCGAGACACGCCUCGACCGGCGAUAUCGUCGCGAGUCUGGACCCGAAUCUCGACGAUUCCGGUACGUUUUUACCGCCGAUAUUGUGAAAUCGGGUCUGCGCUAGCCAUUUCUAGAUGCUUUCUGUCGCGCGUACCGUGUCGCGAUCGAACAUUUCGCUCUUUCACGUACACCGGCCACGCGGAAACGAAGAAACUAUGAAAGGUUGAUUUGGUCACGACAAUAAAAAAAAAGCAAACUAAAACUAAAAAAAAACAAAACAAUACACGGUUCACCGUGAGGCUAAGACCAAUAGAAAGGUAGAGAUUUAUUAAACGCGUACACGUUGACGACGAUGACCAUUCUUCUUUGGAUACUUCAUCGAUUGAGGAAGCGUGUCCGGUCAUGAAGAAUUCGAAAACAUUUGAGAAUACGAUUAUAUAUAUAUAUGUAUCGAGAAGCAUGUAGAAUUGGCUGGCUGGAUCGGGCCCGAUCGUUUUCGACGCCAAAAGGCUAGGCAGAAUUGUUUUGCUAGUCUCAGCAUGCGCCGAGCUUAUUUGAGGCCAAAAUAAUGUGAUGAACGGGAGGCGCGUGCCGUGAACAACGAGAGCAUGGUUAUAUAGUAGAAACGCGGUCGUUUCGUUCGUUAGCCGAGCACACACCUACACACCUACACGCAAAGAUAACGAUUUUAGCGUCUCGGCUCCGAUGGUAUAUAUCACUCAGGUAAUCGUAAAACGACGUGUGUGCACCAAUCCGUAGAGAGUCGAUCGGAAAUAACGUAGAGUUUCGUUCCCCUCGCACCACGACAUUCGUCCCUUAAUCUCCGAGUAUAGCAAGAUUCUUACUAGAUAUAUGCGUUUUGCGAAUCGUACGAGAUCUAAAGAGAAAAAAAACAAUAGGAUCGUUUCUCUUGUUAACGAUAAACGGGACACAUAAGUAACAACACGUGUCAAAAGUUCGAUUCGCAAAUUGACUAGCGCAAAUUACAUUACGAUUACUUAUAUUAAAGUGUACGAGGGGUAGCGAGAGGAUGAAUGUGUUUUUAACAACGAGAUUCCCACGCGAUACGAUUCCUAAUCGAGUCAGCAUCGAAUUUGCGAUCACGUCGAUACAAGAGAGAGAGAGAGAGAGAGAGAGAGAGAGAGAGAGAGAGAGAGAGUGAGAGAGAAAGAGAGAGAGAAUCUGAAGUCGUUUGAAAACCCCGUGGCAACAGGGUCGUACGAUUUAAUAAAUGAAACGUCAAGGCAAAACGACGACGGAGUGACGGAAGAAACUCCGAGACGAAGCGUGCCCUAGUUUCGCGAGGCCUGAGUAGUCUUAUUGUGAUAUUAAUCUACCACUGUCUUAUGUAGAUCUCUGAUAUUAAGAAGUAAACGAUCGCUAUAUCAAUGGUUUUUCUUUUUUCAUUACUAUUAAUCAUUAUUAUUAUUUUUUUUUUUCUUAAUAUUGAUUAUCGCUCUCGCUAUUACUGCAAGAUUAUAAUUACGAUAUUAACGAAAUUAUUCGAUGAGUAAUAACACAAGAGAGAUAACGUUAUUAUUAUCAUUAUUAUUAUUAGAGUUAUUAUUAGAAAUGUACAGUAUCGAGCAUAGUAGGCUUCUCUAGAGAAAUUGGUGAUGUUCUCUCCUUGAUAGACUUCACCGAGUUCCCCACCACCCCCAUGGGUUCCCUGGGGUUCAGGGUUUUCGAGGUUCCUGACCCACGCCACAGGCUACCCCUUCCCAGACUUCCGCUCUCCCCUUAGGGGAGGGAGUCCCAUAUAUGUAGGUCUUUGGCGUACCACCAAUUAAUUUGCGUAGGAAAAUUUGAAUUAAUAUUUAUUUCAUUAUUCGUAGUUUUCAGUUAUAUUCUAAAUUCUACAAUAUUUAAUAAUUACAAAUUGCUAAAAUAUAGUCAAAAUUAGGAUUGUGAGAAUUCCUGCUUCCUGUAUAUUGCCAUUUUUCCCAGAGAAACCUACUUUGCUCGAUUUUGUACAGGUUUUUGAGUAAGCUCUCGAAAUCUAAGAGUUUAACAGCACGUAAUCGCUUUCUUCUUUCUUUCUUCAUUUUUAUCUGUAUUUUUUGUGGAAAAUGUGUUACAUUAUUGUAUUCUUAGAAUUUGCCAGUCGCCUGAAAGUUCCCUGUUAUCCUUUGCAUAACGCUUUCAAUAAUUAAUUAUUUUAAUCAAAAUAUUAUAUCUUGCUGUACAUUACAUCUGCCAGAAAUCACCUAAUUCUCGAACACCAAUUUGAACGAUUAAAUUCAAUUAAAAUCGAGCAUUAUUUGGUAGAAUUAUGCAAAGGAUUUGAAGGGAACCUGUGUUGUGUAACAUACACAUCAUAUUGCAAACGAAUACACGCGCAAGCAAAGAAUAUCCGCUCUCAGUGUUCAGAGAUCACGAUGAAAGAUCAAUUUAAUGAAAAAUACUCCAGCUCGUAGUUAUCGUAAAUAUCGUAGAAUAUUUGUACAUUGUUCUCAUCGAAUUCAUUCAUUUGUUAUGUUCUUUUCUUAUUUGCAUUUCGAUCGGUCAUAAUAGCUUUUUUAAACACGAUAGGCGAUCUCGUAAGUUGUCUUCGAGCAUUUAAUCAGUGAACCUUCAAUAGAUUUAACCCUUUUUCUUAUUCGAAAUUACAUUUUAUGAUACAAGCCACACAAGAUUAUCGUAUAAUGGACACCUCCGAAAAUGGGUUAAAUAACCAUCAAAAAUGCUUAAGUCCUCAAAGCUUUCAAUCCAUGCUUUUAACGCGUAAACGCGUGACAAUGAAAAUGAAGAGAUCACGCGACAAGACUGAAAUAAAUGAAAUCGUCGACUUUAAGGUUUCAUUACGUUUAAAUACUCCGUUUUAGGAUCACCUUUCGAUGAUAUGCAUGACAUCCGUUUUGCAUGUUCUAUUUGUUCUACGAUGAAACAGCUUCAUUUGUUUUAUCAAAGAUAAUUAUUUAAUGUUCCUUAAUAAUUUUGCAUGUUCCUUUCGUCCCUUUACCGCAGCAAUUAUGAGUUUUUGCGAGAAAACGCGCCUUUGUAAAUGCCCCUUUGUAAAGAAAUUUAAAGAUAAGAUAAGAAGACAACUUACAUAAUGCCAGGGACAAAUACCGUUAAUUAAUAUAGAACACGAGGUAUUGAAAGAAACACAAUUUUUUUAAAUGUUUAAAUAUUUUAAUAUUCCAAGUUUUAUCUUUUACUUUGUAGAAACUUUUACGUCUUCCUAUCAAAGAUGUUCGAUUAAUUUUUUUUUCUUUCUUUCAAUAUCUUGUCCGGCAGAAAUUCGGAACACGUACUCACGAAUCUUUUCCCCUUUUUCUUGAAUUUUUCACAGGUUUAUGAAUCGCGUAGAAUGAAAUUGAUCGAUCAGAACGCGUAACGAGCGGUUUCGUAAAUUCACAGGCGUCAUCGGCACGAGAGAAAGAGAGAAAGAGCUGCCCACGGAAGCACUUUAUUCAUCUGUAGUCAGAGCGAUGAGUCCGACAUUUAACAAGCGUAGUAUUUAAAGCAAGAAACACACAGACACAUACACACACACACAUACACAGGUUUAUAGUGAACAAGAAAUAUCAAAUUGUGUAUAAUAACUAACAUUAACAAGGCGUCUGCGCGUCCGUAUGCAUGAGUGCGCGAAAGCGAACGUGAAACGAAGAAUAAAGAAGGAACAAGAGGAGAAACGUGUUAGGCGUGAAUGUGUCUAGAGUGAGUGCGUUACGUUACUGCAUAUACAUAUAUACAUAUACGAUUUUACGUGUUAAGAAACCCACGCGGAAGCGACAAAACGAGUUAAACAUAGGAUAUCCAUUUAGAAAUAAAAUAGAAAAGACCGUUUGAACAACGUAGCUCCGAUACGUGGAGCCUCUGCUCCCUUUUACCUUACCCUCCCCGAUUAAACCCUGAUACCAUUCACGGGCCUGCAGUCGUGUCAAUUGAAUUGCUCGCAAGAAAUAAAUAAUAAAUAAAAAAAAAAUAAAUAAAAAAAUGCGACGCGAAGAAAGAAAUUUCUCUCAUGUGACUUAUUAAUCGUCUUAAUGAUCCAGUUCUACGAUUGGACGCAUUUAUUAGCUACGUACGAUGAACGUAAAUAGAAUUACGUGCUAUUACUGCCGGUAUUCCGUAUAAAAUAGUGCGUUCAUCGAUCAGAAGUUUAGAAUUAACUGUGUUAAGGGAAAUGACAAUUAUAGAUCAUCGAAUCAGGAAGAUACGCUUCGCGUCAUUUGUAUUGUAUUGAACGAUUCAAUUGAAUCGACUGAAAGUAUUUGGCGCGAAGAAUCAUCGAUACGUGAAACGAAAAGAAAAAACAAAAAGAAGAAAUGUACGAUAAUAUCGUCGUCGCAUUUUUCUCUACGUAUCAGUAGUUCACGCCAAUUGUACAGUCGUUGAAUUUUAGUUGUGUUCACUAUAUUGUAUACAGUGGGAUCAAAUUACGUGCGUUAGGAUCGACUGAUCUACGUAAACUGACGCGUUUCGAAUAUGGCGCGCGUGCGCCGCGCGGCCGUUUACGCAUGCGCGUGCGUCACGUAACACGAGGCGCCUAAAUACGAAAUAUUGAAGUAUACUUUCUAAAAAGAAAAGAAACACACAAAAAAAAAUAAUAAUACGAAGAAAGAGACAAAGAAAUGUUUAAGGUUGAAUAAAUUAGACGAUGCAUCCACGAAACGAAAGCUUGUUGUAUCAAAUUCGAUUGGAUUGAGAAAGAAUCAUCGCCGUCGCGGUCCGAAUUUCUUUUUUGGUUCGAUCAAAACCAAAAUAGACGCGGACGGAAACGACAGUCGCUUUCUAGUCCGAUAACAUACAUAUGUAACAAUGAAAAGGGGAUGGUCUAAAAGGUCUAAACUUAACGAAACGAAAAGGAAAAAAAAAUGGAAGAGACUCUCUUUCAGGCUUCAGCGUGGAAUGCUCUUAGCGUAUAUCUGUUAGGACAGCGUGUAACUAAUUAUCGAGUUAACGACGUGAUUAGAUCUAUUGAAUUCAAUUAGAUAGUAAUUGUGCGUACAUGGUGAGAUCGUUGCCACCGCCACGACCGUCCCUUCUCCCCCUCCCUUCUCGACACAAGAUUGAUCCUCAACGACCGAUCGAUCUAUAAAAUUGUGACGAUUGAUCGUUCUUAGUGUAAUUCAAUAGGACAAUCACGAAUAACAGUUUUGUGUUAGCAUAUUAUGAAAAGAACAUAAAAAAAAAGUGAAUCCUCUAGUUAAGCAGCGUCCGUAGGGGCACGAGUUCGAGCACAAAGUGUCGUCUUCUUACGUAAAAGAUCUCUGUUAAAUAUAUAAAAUUACGUACGCUGUUUAAUCGAUCGACAAACUCACGUAAAAAAGAUUUGUGUAAAUUUCUCUUCGUUAUACGUUCUAUUCGUCGUCGAAUUCACUUUAUUAGAUUUCACGUCGUUAAUGUAUGUCGUAUCCCUUUUAAUGGAAGCAUGUACAAAAUGUAAUAAUAAAUAUAUCUUUGGUAACAACACAGUUUUUCGCAUGUUUGAGAUACAAAGAUUGUUAGAGGUAAAUUCUAAUCGUGAUUUCUUGUUUAGAGACAUGUUCGUGCUGGUUAUGUUAAAUGAACGUCUGCAAGAAUUUUUAUUCGACGUGUAACAAUGAGCUUCGCCAAAACGAAAUACAUUAUAAGAUUGUGGCGGGAGGGGGAAAGGAUAUUAACAGAGAAAUAAUAGAUGAAAUAUGGCAGAGAAAGAGAGAGAGAGUGAAAGUGAGAGAGAGAGCAGGAAUUGAUAAAUGGUUAUUUGUAACUCGGCGUUGAACAUCGGGGAAGAUCUUGUUACAUCGUGUGUAAAUGCGAGUUCGUCAAUUUCUGCCCAACUUAAUUAUAGUGAACGAAGAAAAGAAUUGCUAAUAAUAAAUGAUUAUAAUAAUGACAUUAGUAUAUGUAAUGAUACGAUACUGAAGCAUCAUCAUCUUUUGUAUCAUUUGUUCGUUUGUUUUUAUCUUACUGCGUUUGUCUUUCAUUAUUAAUGCAAUACCAAGAUGACUCGGUUUCGACACGGUAUCUUGUGUGUAAAUAUAUACUAAUAAAAAA